UCUGAUUUUAGAAAAACCUCAGUUAAAUUUCAGAAAUACUCUAUGUCUAGUCCAUUUUAUGUUUCAGACGACGAAGAUGAUAAUACAGAGUCAUGGAAAGUAAAUCCAAAGAAAAACUUUUUUGAUGAAUGCUAUGAUAAUAAUGAUCAAUUCAAGCAAAAAAUAGAUGAGAUAAGUCGCUUACAAAAUAGUGUUCUAUCAAGUUCAAAGUUUUGUAAUCAAAUUAUCAAUGAUUCAGAAAAUAUUGGAGCCCUUACUUCACAAGAACUUUCUGAACAACGUGAGCAGUUAAAACGAAUAGAACAAAACAUGAAUAGCUUAGAUGCCAAUUUAAACAUUUCUCAAAAGCAUAUUAAUUCCCUCAAAACAUUUUUUGGCUCUGUCACUAAUUAUUUUUCAACAUCACGUAAAAAUUCUUUGCCUGCUAAUAGCUCAAAUUCCAUUAAAAUAAAUUCUUUACCCAAAAUACAAGAUGAUGACAAUGAUAUUUCAAAAUCUACAAGGAAUCAAAUGUCUCAGGCAUUAAAAUCAAACCCUAUUAUUAAAUUGGAUAGUGCAUCUACAAUUAUCAAUGAAAAAAAAAUUUUGAAGAAAAAGGAAUUUGAUUCCAUAUUUGAUCAAAAUUUAGAUGAUAUGUCUGGUGGUAUGAACAGACUAAAGGAAAUGGCAUUAAACAUGAAUCAAGAACUUGAUUCUCAAAAUUAUAUGUUAGAUAAUUAUCUAUACAAAGUUGACAAUACUGGAAAUAAACUCACAGAACAAAAUAAACAGAUGAAAAAAAUCUUAGGUGGAAAAUAAAAUAAGCAGAUUAUUAUUUUUUAAAAAUACACAAGAUAUGCAUUUGAAUAAAUGUAAAUUUUUAAUUUAUUUACUAUAUUAAUAUAAUUUAUAAAAAAAUAAUAUAAAUUAUAAUAUUAAAAAAUAAUGAUCUAACUAUUUAUUUGCUCUUGAAAUGUUAAAUUUUAUAUUUAAAUAAAUAUAAAAUGUUUGACAAAUAAUGUAUUUAACUUAGCCUAAAUUUUUUAUUAUUAUCUUGUGAUAUAAUUUUAUUUUAACAUUAUAACAACUACUAAUAAUGGGAAUGAACAAAAAAAUCUUCAAUUCAUAUUCAGUUUUGUAAGCAAGCCUGAUUCAUGAUACUUAUCAUUUACCACACCCAUCCUUCUCUUAAUAAUUCAUAAUAUAAUAUAAUGUAAUUUUCCAUAAAAAUUAAACCUAUAUAAACAAAAAAUCUUUUCCAUUAUUUUCUUAAGAUUUUUAUAACUCAUAUAUUUUUUUAUAUAUGCUCAAAUUCUUACUAGGCCAGAUUAUUUCUAUCUUAAAUAGGCAAACAAAAACAAAUACCUUUUUCAUUAUUUAAUGUAUUAUUUUUUUUAACAGCCAAUACAUUUUUUAUGUAUGUUUAAAUUCCCAAUUGAAUAUCUAAACCAACAAAAUAUAUCUUUUCCAUUAUUUUUGGAAAAAUUAUUCUUUGAAUUUAUCUAAAAAAAUAUUUUUUUUAUAUUUUCAGUAUUUUCUAAAAAAUGAUGCAGUAUUUAGGUUUAAAUUAUUAAUCAAAUUUUUCAACCUAUGAAUAAUGUCUUUUUAAGUGAAAUUUUUUUAUAACCCAGUUUUGUACAUAUUUUCAAACUCUUAACUUAAUUAGUUCAAUAAAAAAUAUCUGAGUAUUUUUUGAACAUUUUUAUUGGGGUCGUUUUCCAAAUGCGUUUUAUCCAAGACAACAAAUAUUUUAUUUAUAUUCAUUGGAAUAUCUCCACAUAUAUAAAGUGUGUUUUUUUUAGAUUUGUAGUUUAUAUUCCAUUUGUUAAAUGAAAUGAGUAUUUUGCCCGUGAUUAUUGGACUAUACACUAAAGGAAACGAAUUAAUCUAUUUUCAAUUCGUUUAGAAUUAUAUGUAAUAAUUCAGAUCAGUGUUAAAUACAAUAAUAGUUUUUUUUAAUAUUAAGUUAUUUGUUAUAUAGCCUACUUAUUAAUAUGAUUAAUAACUUCUGAC